AUGGAAAUCGUGGGUGGCCUUAGUGGCUUCCGACAGGCCAGAACGAAAACAAGUAUAGUCAGAGGUGCCCUUGUGCAUGUCGCUGAAAUGCUAUGUUGCAGAUCGAGUACGGGAAUAGUGAAUUUGUACGAUUCGGCCGAUAUCGUCAAAAAUCCGUACCCGAAACCGGUGAAAGUGCUCGACAAUCUUACCACUUCUAUAGACAGCAUCACAUUCACUGGCGAUUCACAGCUAUUAGCCAUAGCUUCUAGCGUAAAACGUAACGCAUUUCGACUGGUACAUGUUGGAAGUCGAAGUGUUUACACGAAUUUUCCGCCAAGAAACGCCAAUCUGGGUCGUGUAACAGUGGCCGAUUUCUCGCCUCACAGUGGCUACAUGGCAGUUGGUGAUGACACGAGUUUCUUGUCACUUUUUCGAUUGUUACAUUUUGACAGCUACUAA